ACCAUCAUCAUCAUCUUCGUUGACUCAAUCGAACGAGUCUUGGAAAUAUAAUUUCAACAUGAAUAAAACCUGUACAAAACAAAGCGAAUGUGCGGAUGAAAAUCAAUCAAUGGAUAAAUAUUAUUAUUAUUGUGACCUGAAAUUGAGCCAAUGUAUUUGUGUUGGAUCAUCGUAUCUUCAAUGUCAACAGCGAAAUCAUGCCACUUUGAACGAUAGCGAAAAUAAUAACCAGAAAACACUCUGGGAUAAUGGAUUGAAAGAUUUUGUUCGUCGUAUGCCAAUGUUACCGAUAUCGAUUAUAUUGAUAUCAAUGUUUAUCUCUAUUUGUAUUGUACUACAAUUGUUUGCCAAGGCUCGUUUUCGUAAUACUCAUCGUUCGAUAUUUGCUAAUCCACAAAAAUUAGAAUUGGCCAAAGCACAGGAAAGACGAUUGUCUCAACUAUCGCAAUUAUCCGGACAACAACAAGCUAAUAAUAAUUUGGCAUGUUCGGGUUCAGAGAAUCAACGGAUAUAUUCAUUGAGCCAUUAUAAAUAUCCACGAUUAUCAUUGCCACAGGCACCAAUACCAACAUCCUCAUCAUCAUCAUCGAUUCGUCGUUCAGCACGUAAUAGUCUUGGUUCGACAAUCGUUCCAACAAUAAUUGGACCAACAUUGGCAACAGCAACUCCUACUUCGGCUAAUUCGUUCAAUACUUUAUCAUCAUCAUCAUCAUCGCAAAAUCAUCUCAGUGUUAAACAAAAACAGGAAAGAAGAAACAACAAUUUGACGACAUCUGAAUCACUAUCAAUUGUAUUUUAAAUUGAUCUUUAAUGAAAUGAUUUUGUGACGGCGCUUCAAGCGUCGUUUGAGGUUCUGGUGACCUUUUGUCAUCAAUGAAAAUGUAUUUAAGAGACGAUUUGAAUGAAAAAUUUUUUAUUUCCCAAGUUUUUUGUCUCGAACUCGCUUCGUACACAAAUUUUUUUAGUAUAAAUUAAAAAUAAUUUCACCAUCAACAAUUGAA